UCCCGCAGCGGGCCGCGGGGCAGGGCGGAGCGGAGCGGCUGGGCCCGGCGGCGGCGCCGAUGCCGAGGAGGAGCUGACAGCGGCGGGGGAAGCGGAGGAUGGAUUUACGGUCGGGGCUGCUCGUGUGGGUCCUGUGCGGCUUCCUCCUGCAGCAGGGCCGGGGGGAGCGGCCCCCCGGCUCCCACCUGGACGAGACCGCCAUCGCAGCAGAAUUCUGCCGCAUUGACAAGCCCCUGUGCCACGAUGAAGACGAGCAGCUCAGCUUCGAAGCCGUCCGCAACAUCCACAAGCAGAUGGAUGAUGAUGCCAACGGCAACGUGGACGUAGAGGAGAGCGACGAGUUCUUGAGGGAAGACUUGAAUUAUCACGACCCAACAGUCAAGCACAGUACCUUCCAUGGAGAGGACAAGCUCAUUAGCGUGGAAGAUCUCUGGAAGGCCUGGAAGACAUCUGAAGUGUAUAACUGGACAGUUGACGAGGUGGUUCAGUGGCUCAUUACCUACGUAGAGCUGCCACAGUACGAAGAGACCUUCAGAAAGUUGCAGCUGAGCGGACAUGCCAUGCCCAGGCUAGCAGUGAACAACGCUACCAUGAUGGGAAGCGUUCUCAAAAUGACAGAUCGAAGCCACAGGCAGAAGCUGCAGCUGAAAGCUCUGGACACGGUGCUGUUCGGGCCUCCUCUCUUAACUCGUCACAACCACCUGAAGGACUUCAUGCUGGUGGUGUCCAUCGUCAUCGGCGUGGGCGGCUGCUGGUUCGCCUACAUCCAGAAUCGCUAUUCAAAGGAGCACAUGAAGAAGAUGAUGAAAGACCUCGAGGGACUCCACAGAGCUGAGCAGUCUCUCCACGACCUUCAAGAGAGGCUGCAGAAGGCUCAGGAGGAGCAUCGCUCUGUGGAGGUGGAAAAGGUGCACCUGGAGAAGAAGCUGCAAGAUGAGAUCAGCAUCGCCAAGCAGGAGGCGCACCGGCUCCGAGAACUGCGGGAGGGCACGGAGAACGAACUGAGCAGGCAGAAAUACGCCGAACAAGAACUGGAGCAGGUGCGGAUGGCGCUCAAGAACGCCGAGAAGGAGCUGGAGUCCCACUGCAGCUGGGCUGCGCCCGAGGCCCUGCAGAAGUGGCUCCAGCUGACGCACGAGGUGGAGGUCCAGUACUACAACAUCAAGAAACAGAACGCGGAGAAGCAGCUGCUGGUGGCCAAGGAAGGGGCUGAAAAAAUCAAAAAGAAGCGAAACACCCUGUUUGGAACAUUUCAUGUUGCUCACAGCUCAUCUCUAGAUGAUGUUGAUCAUAAAAUCUUAACUGCAAAGCAAGCGCUGAGCGAAGUGACGGCUGCGCUGCGGGAGCGCCUGCAUCGCUGGCAGCAGAUAGAGCUGCUCUGCGGCUUCCAGAUCGUCAACAACCCGGGCAUCCACACCCUGGCGUCAGCCCUUAACAUUGACCCCAGCUGGAUGGGCACCCCACGGCCGAACCCCUCGCACUUCAUCAUGACCGAUGACGUGGACGAUUUGGACGAAGAGAUCGUGUCUCCCAUGUCCAUACAAUACGCAGCCUGGCUUUUCGGGCGCAGGUUCAGUGACCGCUCGUCUCUGUCCUCGGAGGAUCAGUCCCUCUGGAAAUACCCUGCUCCUGCCUUGCCCAGCACAGUUCGCCAGCGCCUGGUGGACCCACAGCACGCCCACGGAUCUCAGAGAGACUUAACUCGCUGCGACUCCGACUCUUCCAUCCCGCACCUGAGCGACCACCAGCGUAUCCCCAGCUCUGCGCCCAAGCUGCUGGCUGCCCGGCCCAACCUGCUGACCAAGUCCAUCGAGGAGGCUGCCCCCGGCCACCCUGCCGGCGGGGCGCCCACCCCCAACGGCGGCAGCAGGCACGCCGAAGCCUCCGCCCUGGGGGCUUUGCCAGAGCGGCUGUCCGAGAGCCCCAUGGUGAUGAAGAAGAUGAUGAUGGUGAACCACGGCAUGGAGAAGUCCUCCAGCCUGGGGGAGAUCAGCCACCCGACAGCCGGCAAGCACAGCCACUCGGAUUCCUCCCGGUCCCACAGCCCCAGCUCCACCGACCCCGACACCCCCUCCCCCAUCUCUGACUGCCGGCCCAGCAGCUCCAAGAGCACCCGCAUCCCGCAGCUGGCUGCCAAGAAGAGCCCGGGGGACGAGGACAGCAGCUUGACAGGCGAUGAGGUUGACCUCGGCCAGAGCAAGAAAAAGUUCCCCCUAAAGAUCUUCAAGAAGCCCAAGAAGUAGAGAGAGGAGGGGGAGAAGAGGAAACCCAGCCAGGAGCGCGACCCACGGGGACCGGGGGGGCGGCCGUGCAUCGGGAACGCAGCGCACCCGCCCGUCCCGGACCCCGCGGGCUCGGGUGCUGGCCAGCACCCCCUGCCCUCCCCUCCGCACCCUCCGUUUCCGAGUCACCUCACCUAACACCGGCAGCGGGAGGAGCUAUUUAAACUUAUUUAUUUCCUGAUCUCUCAGAAAAAGAAAAAAAAAAGACGACGACUGCUCCCCCUGAAGAGAACAGCCGCCCUUUCUCCCCUCCCGACUGCUGCAGUCCCUGGCUUUGCUGCGCAUGGCUUCCAGUUACUCCUGCCUCUGCUCAGCCACACGGCAUUUGGGUUUGGUUUCAAUGUGGUUUUAUUUUUUUUAUUUUAUUUUUUAUUGUUAUUAUUAAUUUUUUUUGUUUUCCCCGGUUCUUCUGCCUCUUCCAACUUUUGCACAGGCUGUCUGGGAGGUCGGGGUGGUGGGAGCCCGCGGGGGAGCGUGCGGAGCAGGGCCGGCUCUCUCGCCUCUCGGGGCGACUCAGGUGUGCGCGCUCGGGCGAGCUGCCUGGCGGACGUCGCAGCGGUUUUCUCCUCAUUUCUAUGAGUCACUUUUCCACACCCCGGCCCCCAUCGCUACGACGGUUGGGAGGGGGAAUCCCUGUCUGUGCGCUCUUGAUAAGCAAGAGCGAGUAAAACGCCCUCGCAAGGGAGGGCUCGGCCCUUGCCGGUACUUGUGCAUCCAGGAGCUCUGCCCGCAGCGCGCCCGUGACCCGCUUCCCCCACGCGCCGGAGGCGGCUGCAGCCCGCUGGGUGUCGGCGGUGGGACGGGGCUGCCCACCCAGCUGCUCGGCACGGCGCCGCCGGAGCAGGGCCGGGGGCUGGAUGCUGGCGCGGUGGGGUGCCAGCUCCUCCCAACCCAAACGUGCCCCAGCGGCUCGGUGGGGCGAGCAGGGGGGACCCCACUGAUGGAGGAGCACCGAGGGAAGGGCGGUCCCCGAGGGGUGUUGGUGCAGAGUUGGGUCCGGCCGCCGCGUCCACGCAAAGAGGAGGGGGCUCCAGGGUGCGGGGCCUGUCCCUUGUCCCCAUGUCCUGGCUCGGCAGGGCCGGAGGGAGCCGGGCACGGUGCGGCUCUCCGUGGCCGGGGACAGGCAGCCUGUGCGUGGGUGGUGGGAGCCUGAGAACAUCCUCCCCUGUCCUGGCUCCGUCCCCCUGAAGCAGGCGUGCCCUCGGGCUGGGUGCCGGGGGCUCUGCGCCCCCUCCGAGGGGCUGCAGGUGGGGUUGGCAGAGCCUCACCCGGGCACCCGCUGCCCUUAACAGCCAUGCGGGCAGCACCCUCCUUGCCCUUGGGCCACGCUUGCUCCAGCCGGAGGCUGGGGUCUGCCUGGCUGUGCCACGGCCCGGGCCCCGCCGCUCCUCGGUGCCGGCACAACCUGCGGCAGGUCUCAGCCCGGCCCAAGCUGCUGCUGGGGCGCGGCGGCUCUCCCGUCCGGCCUCGGCAGGCUGCAGUUUGCGUCCUGCUGCUCAGAGCCCUCGCCUCUGCGUGCUUCUCCCAUCGCAGCCCGGGCAGCGACUCUGGGACGAGCCCUGCCCCAUCCCGGGGUGCCCUUCCCCAGGGGUGAGCCUGGCUCCAUCCCAGGGCCGAGCCCUGCUCCCCCCGGCGCAGCUCCGCAGCCCCUGCCCGCAGCACCCGGGCCCCCAGCCGCCCUCCCGGGUCCCUCGGGGCUGCUGCCUGGCCUGACACGACCCCCCCCCCAAGAGCCCUCUGCCAAGUCUGGGGUCCCUGCCCUGCCGCCCCCUCCGAACCAAGCCCCCCGUGCCACCAUCCAGCACGUCCCCGGCGCUGGGCUGCUGCCCGAGGCCACCCCGGCUGCUUCACCUGCUGAGGGCAGAGGAGGAUGCACGUCUGGCAGGGGAAGACGAGGAGGCAGGGCGGGAUGCUGAGAGCCCCCGGAGCCUUGCUUUAUGCCAGAGUAAUAUAUAUGUGUAUGUUGACAAUACAGGAAGGGCUAUAAAGGUGUUUUUUGUUUCGUAGGUGGUAGUUAGACAAUUACACUGUUGCUUUGAGAUAAGUGAAAAAAUUCCUCUAAAUGACUAAGUGCCUGCAUUUCCCCGCGGCUGCUCUGAGGCGCGGGGAGGGGGGGGACGCCGCGGGCACCCCACCGCCGCGGGCACCCCGCUCGGAGCGGCUCGGCCACCCCCGGGAGCGGGGCCGGCGGCGGUGGGAGCCCGCGGGGGCGGCGGGAGCCCGCGGGUGCCCUGCGAGCGGGGGCUGCCCAGGCGGGAGCCGGGGGCCCAGCGGUGCUGCUUGUGGUGGCGGAGACCUGUCGAUGCUUCUGGGGAAGGGGUUGGGGAUCCACCAAAGGGCAACUGUUGACGCAUCUGCCAACUCUUGAUUUAUUUUUUUUUUUUGUCAUUUCAUAAAACUUUUAAAUCCAAUAAAGCAUGUAGUCUAUUUUACGA